AUGUCAUGUAAACAUGCAUCCUUGUUCUGCGUUUUACGGUGUAUAUUUCGCUCGCAAGCGGAAGUCACUGUGGACGAUGGAGUGUACGCUGUGAACAUGUUCAUAUGUUUAUCCGUUACACCCCAACUAGUUACAUUUUCUGCACCAUCUGAUUUGACAGCUAGUGACGUUUAUACAACAAAAUCUUCUAAUCUGCUUCAUUUAGUGUCCUUUGCUACCAGUAAUAUAUUAGUGACAUCAACUAGCACUUCGACAUUGACAUCUUCUAACGUCCAGUACUUGACGACAUCUAACAUAUUUCAUUUGACAACAUCUUCUGACGAACCUCAAUUAUCAACAUCUUCAUGCUGUAAUUAUUUGACAAUAUCAUCUGACGAACAUUUAUUGUCAAAAUUCUCUCGCGUUCCUGAUUUGAUAACAUAUUCUGACGAACCUCAUGUGGCAACAUUAUCCGACGAACCUCAUUUAGGAACAUCUUCUAGCAUUCUUUACCUAACUACGUCAUCAGUCAUACCUUAUUUGGCAACAUCUUUUGACGAACCUCAUUUUGGAACAUCUUCUAGCAUUCCUUAUAUAACUACGUCAUCAGCCAUACCAUAUUUGGUAACAUCUUCUGAUGAAGAUUUGGUAACAUUAUCUAGCAUUCCUUAUAUAACUGCGUCAUUAGUCACACCAUAUUCGGCAACUUCUUCUGACAAACAACACUUUGGAACAUCGUCCAGCGUUCCUUAUCUUGCUACGUCGUCAACUAUACCAUAUUUGGCAACGUCUUCAAAUGUUCACUCUCUAGUAACAUCUUCUGACAUAAAUCAUUUAUCAGCAUAUUCAAGUAUUCCCAAUUUAACCACGUCGUCUAGCGAACCACAUUGGCCAAUAUCCACAAGCGUUCCAUAUCUUAUAACAUUUUUAGAAGUGUCUCAUACGUCAACAUCUUCAAGCGUUCCAAAUUUGAAAUCAUCGUCUGACACUUCUGAUAUGGGAACAUCGUCAAGCAGUCUGAGUUCAACAACAUCGUCCGUCGUUCCUAAUUUCGCUUUAUCUUUAAGCGUACCCUUUUUAGCAACAUCUCCUGGACUGCAUCAGUCGGAAACAUAUUCCAGCACUGCCAAACAGCAUCUGCCAACAUCCACUAUCGUUCAGUAUCUAUCAGCAUCUUUUGACGGCAGUAUUUUGGAAACAUCUUCAAGCGUUCAAUAUUCAACAAAAUCAUCUGAAAGACCACGCUUGGCAGCAUCAACUACCGUUUCCUAUUUACCAACAUCUUUUGACCUACAGAAUGUGUCAACACGUUCUAGCCUUCCCUAUUUAUCAACAUCUUUUGACGUGCCUCAGUCUGCAAUACAUUCUCCUCUCCGUUCUCACUUGAAAACAUCAUCUAUUGUUCUACAAUCAGAAACGUCUUCGAGUAAUACAAAAUCGACAUCUUCUUUUGCUCCACAGUUAACAUCGUAUUCUACUGCUUUUGAAUCAACGCCAUUAUAUGGCACCAGUUCUAUACCUACAUUAUCUAAUGUAUCGCCUUCAACUUUAUCAUAUGGAUCUUAUCAAUCAAUAUUGUCGCGAUCAGCAAAGUCUUCUGGUGUUACUCAAAUUGCGUCAUCAGAAAAUUUUGCAUCAACAACAAAUGCCGGCGUUUCUCCAUCUUCCUGCGUUCGUCUUUUACCAAAUUCCCUUAUUUCUUCUCAUUCAAAGACAGCAUAUUUAGCAACAUCAAUAUUUACAAAAACCUACAUACUGAGUGAGUCAACAACUUCAUCUCGCUCUCCUAUACAACAGACUUGUACUACUGAUCGUUCAAACCCAUCAGUAACUAGUAAACCUGCACUAGCAUCUUGGAUUUCCUCAAGAUUCGCAACUUCAAGCACAGUGGCAUAUUUAUCUUCUUCGAUAAAUAGACCCGUUUCAGGAAGCAAGCUCAUAAUUUCUUCUAAAGCUGCGUUCAGUAUAGCUGAUAUAUCUACAACUAAAACUCCAUAUCCGUCCAACUUAUUGAGGUCAUCGAACCAAUUGACAAGUGAAACUUUAAAACCUACAAAAUAUUUACGAAGUUCAAUUGAUCUCUCUACUAAAACAACGGCAUCUUCGAUUACCGCAUCUUCUAUAAUACCCGUAUGGUGUCCAUGUUCGUGUGAACAAGCUAAACUUAUUGCUGGUCUUACUAGUACAAAUAAAACAACUCAAGAAGUUGAAGAAGAAAUAGAGGAGGCGUUGAUAGAAUUAACAGUCAAUUCCAAGACAACUACUGUAAAUGAACGGAAAUUAGUAAGUGUUGACGACAAACGUGACUCAGCAAAAGUUGUUGGAACAAUAGGUGUUGUCUUCUGUUCCGUAAUCCUCACUUUGAUCGUUCUUUCUGACCUACCAGAGCUUAUUCGAGCUAUCAAAGCCGUGUUAUGUUAA